UAAAUAAAGCGCUUGAGGGUCCCUCUUGGUGUUGGUAGGGCUCGCAAAGAGAAAAGGGGAUAAGUGGGGCUCUUCUGAUUCUCUAGGAUUUUUUCUCUGAGACUUUCGUUGAAGAUGGAACCGAAUCAAAGGCAGAGCCUUGAAGAAAGCAACGAGCUUGAACAGCACAGCAAUAGCAGUAGCAACGACAACACCACCUCAGCAUCCGACCCAUCAGUGGCGGACCCUCCGGAGAAAAUAUUUCCGUUGACGGCGCCGACGAUGAAAGAAGAGCUGACGGACACAGUGCAAGAACUGGACGAAGGAUCUCUGCCUAUGGGUCUUAUUCAGGUGCCGGUUCCUACGUCGUCGGAGAAACAAGUGGUGGCGGCAAAGAGGUCGUCGAAGGACCGCCACACGAAGGUGGAGGGCCGGGGCCGGAGGAUCCGAAUGCCCGCCACGUGUGCGGCCAGGAUUUUUCAACUGACCCGAGAACUUGGCCACAAGUCCGACGGCGAAACCAUAAGGUGGCUGCUCGAGCACGCCGAGCCUGCUAUUAUGCAAGCCACGGGCACAGGCACAGUCCCCGCCAUUGCCGUCUCCGUCGGUGGCACUCUAAAGAUACCCACAACUUCACCGGCGAGACCCAACGGUGAGAUUACUGAAAUACCCAGAAAGCGACGGAAGAGAGGGUCGAACAGUGAGUUUGUUGAUGUGCAUGAGCAGAGCUCUGUGUCUAGUGGGUUGGCACCAAUGAGCUAUGGCGGCGGUGGCGGUGGCGGUGGGGCACAUGGGUUGGUGCCCAUGUGGCAAGUUGGGGCAACUGGUGCGGCUGGGCCUUUCUUCAUGUUCCCAAACAACGGGGCUAUGAACCCAAACCAGCCCCAGCUUUGGGCUGUUCCAGCUGCGGAUGCUGCAACCCCGAUUUUCAAUUUGCAAGCAAGACCCAUCUCCAAUUUCUUGUCGGCUUUUCAACCAGGUGUUCACGUUGUUGGUGGGGAUGUGCAGUUGCAGGCCUCUUCCGGUUCGAUUUCGAGCGGUGCAACUUCGGGUUCGGGGGGGAGCUGUUCGUCUAGUUUGGGACCCAGUUUGGGCUCAGCCUCAGGAACCAGAGCUAAUAAGAACACCAUUUCUACUGGUAGUGGGACUGGUGCUAGUGCUGCUGCAGCUAGUGCCACAACAACUCAGAUGUUGAGGGAUUUUUCUUUGGAGAUUUAUGAUAAGAGAGAGCUUCAGUUCAUGGGUGCAAAUUCACAAACACCACUCUCUAAGCCUUAGAUUGAGGUUUUUAGUCAACAAAUUUCUAGUGUUAGGGUGUUUUUAGCGUUUUAGGCCUUUUUGUAAUGCACAAAAAAAACUCAUCCUGUUUGGUUUUGUUUCAUCUGGGUUUUACUAAUGCAAGGCCCCUUUUCUUUGCUUC